ACUUUCACAAUACGACAAAAUAAUUUUCGUUUUCUUUCUAUCUUGUAUAGAAGAAUUUGAGGGGGGUCAAUUAAACCGUACAUGGCGCUAUAUAAAGCAUUUGCCCCACAAGAAAAUUUUACCAUUACCACGUAUUCAUCCGACGAAUUGUAAGUGGCAAAGAGGCAACAUGAGGGCGAUGAUAUUAUUUUCUGUAAUCACGUGCUCGAUGGUCAGCGCAGAGAUCGCUGGUAAAAGCAAAAAGUACAGCAACCGAGACCUAUCGCUCUACCAGGUCUAUCCAUUGAGUUUCAAGGACAGCGAUGGAAAUGGCAUAGGAGAUCUUCGAGGCAUCAUAGAAAAUAUGGAUCAUUUCAUCGAGGCGAAAGUAGAUGCCAUAUGGAUUUCUCCCGUCUACCGCAGCCCCAUGAUAGAUUUUGGCUACGACAUCUCGAAUUUCACCGACAUCGAUCCCAGUUUUGGAACGAUGGAAGACUUCGAGAUACUAGUGAAGACCGCGCAUGCUAAAGAUUUGAAGGUGAUUGUAGACUUCGUGCCGAAUCAUACCUCGACGAAACACCCGUGGUUCCUGAAGAGUUUGCAGGGUAUUGAACCUUAUAAGGAUUACUAUGUCUGGCACGAAGGAAAAGUAUUGGAAAAUGGCACCCGCGUCCCACCGAACAAUUGGAUGAGUGUUGUAUCCGGAGGCGCUUGGGAAUGGCGAGAUGAGCGACAGGCAUAUUAUCUUCAUCAACUUCUAGUACAAGAAGCAGAUCUGAAUUACUAUAACGAAAAUGUGGUUAACGAGAUAAAGGACAUUCUUAGAUUCUGGUUGAAGCACGAUGUGGAUGGCAUCCGAGUGGACUCGGUCAUGUUUCUGUGCGAAGACUUGCAAUUGCGGGACGAGCCGCGAUCAUAUCAGACUGACGACCCUACAGAUAAAAACUACCUCGCACAUAUUUAUACCAACAAUCUCCCAGAAACGUACAGAAUCGUUCAAGGAUGGAGAGAUGUUAUGAACGAGUUCGGUAAGGAUAUGCUCAUGAUGACCGAGGCGUACACAGACUUGAAUCACACCAUAUAUUACUACAAAUAUGGAGCGGACCCAUUCAAUUUCGGGUUUAUCACGGAUGUAAAUAAGGAUUCGAAAGCAGCCGAUUUCAAGAAAGUUGUUGACACCUGGAUAAGCAAUAUGCCAACUGGUCACACUCCCAACUGGGUGGGCGGAAACCAUGACAAAAACAGGAUGACAGCGAGAUUAGGACCGAAACGAGCCCGCGCUAUUACGAUGAUGACGCUUCUGCUACCGGGCAUUGGCGUAACUUACUACGGCGACGAAAUCGGUAUGACGGACGCUUAUAUUUCAUGGGAGGAGAAUCAAUCCGAGCAAGGAUGCUUGGCUGGCCCAGAAAAUUACUUAUCGCAUAGUUCGGACCCGGAAAGAACACCUUUCCAAUGGGAUAAUUCUACUGCUGCUGGAUUCUCCACGAACCCGAAAACCUGGAUCAAGGUCAACAAAAAUUACAAGACUCUAAAUCUGGCUGCCGAAAAGAAGGAUGAGAAUUCUGUGUGGAAGAUGUACGAGAAGCUGGCGACACUGAAGCGAUCUCCAAACUUUAAAAAAACCAAGUUAAAUACAAAAUUGUUGAGCGACAACGUUUUCGCGUUCUCAAGGGAACACAAGAAAUACGGAUCAGUAUAUGCAGUAAUUAACUUCAGUGAGCAGGAAGAUAUUGUAGACCUCUCAGCCUUCAAUAACGUACCCAAGAAGCUGUACACUUAUUACGCCACCGAUGGUAUUACCUCCCUACCGAAAACGAUCAUCAAGGAAAUUAAGAAGGUGAAGGUGCCUGCAUCAGGAUUCCUGGUUCUCAUUAGCUCCGACUCCGAAUUCGGAGUCUUGUAAAUAUUAGUACACUGGUACCUCAGUAUACGCCUGCUUUGGAAUACGUCCUGGUUGGACGUAACAAUUUUACUUAUUUGCUUCCUUUUUCAUUUUAAUAUUAAGCAGAGUUCAAAUUUAAAAAUCUAUAAUAAAAUCUCAUAUGUUGUAUAUGUGUUUAAA